AUGCUGGGGCAUGAAUCCACGUGUGCAUGCAUGGAGGGAUCUAUCUUCAGGUGUGCUUGCAGAGACAUGUCUGCAUGUGCUUUUGAGGCGCCUCAAAAGUUGUAUCCGGGUGUGCUUGCAGGGGCGUGUGUGCAUGUAUCACAAGGAACGCUGUCAAGUUCACGGCACAAGGCCACAUGAUGGUGCGGGUGUUCUUGGUGCCGCAAGGGGCGAGCAUGCAAGACACCCUUCAAUUGCCCUGUCUCACGAUGGCUUUAAGUACAUUUGUCUGAUGCAUUCUGUGCUCCAGAGAACGCUGUCAGGUUCACGGCACAAGGCCACGUGACGGUGCGAGUGUCGUUGGUGCCGCAAGGGACAAGCUUGCAACACACCCUUCAAUGCCAGGGCCUUUCCACGACCACCCCACACACACCCACUUCAACGCUUGCCACCUGGGCUUGCGCUUGGGGCUGGAAGCAGGAGACAGCAAGCAGCGCAGCAAGCAGCGCAGCUGUCAACACACCGGAUGAGUCUGAGACCGCCCAUGACAGGAGAGUCCGCAAGAGGCACGAUGGGAGGCCCAAGAGGCGGCGCGAUGGUCAGCACAAUGGGAACGGAAGACCGUGCCCGUGGUCUUGUCCGGGCCCGUGCCCGUGUGUGCUCGUGCUGUCGUGCCAGGACUCAGGCUGUGGCUUCCCGGCGUCUCUGCACAGAGCGGAUGGCAGUGGAGGGGCUUCGUACUUCUCCCUUGUGGAGUCGCGGGAGCAAAGGGAGGCGAGGAGUGGGUCAGGCACAGCACUUGGGCUGGUGCUGGUGCAGCACAUGGUGACUCUAAUGAAGGGGGAAUUGGCCUUCGACUCACGGCCGGGGUGUGGCAGCACAGUUGCUUUCUGUGUGCCUGUGACUACUCCCUUCAUACAAGAACACUGCUUAGAAGAAACCUACCUGGAGGAUCAGAACGUGCUGCAGGAGCAGAGUCAACAGCAGCAAUGGCAGGGGGAGGUGGCAUGGCAUCGUGAGACCCAAGAGAGAGGGUCAAGAGAGUUUCCAGGUGCUGCCAGCAGUUGCCACGAGCAGCAGACAGGUUCAGGAGAUUCUUCAGGGGCUAUCAACAGAAUGCCGUUGCAGCAGCACAGCGUUCAGGUGGUUCAACGUAACCCGAACCAGCAGCAGCAGCAGCAGCAGUGGUUGCCUCUGGUGCAGUCGUGUGAAGGGUCGUUUGUGGUGCAUGGCUCAGGCGAGGUGCUGAUGCAAGACUCGAGAGCAAUCCAGAGAGGCCGGAGCAAGAGCGAGAGAGUGGAUGCGAGUGAGAGAGUGAGUGUGAGUGUGGGUGCGAGUUAUCCGCGGGCCAUAUCUGUGCCUCCAUCGAGCGCUGCUGCCGCAGGCACGCAUGCAGCAGCGGCUGCUGCACAGACUCGCGCGUGUCUCACUGGGCUGCGCAUCCUGGUGGUGGACGACACGCCGAUCAACCUCAUGGUGGCCCGCCGCACUCUCACCCGCUGGGGCGCUGCUGUGGCUACGGCGAAGAGCGGGGCGGAGGCUGUUGAGAUGGUUGGUACAGGCAUGCAGGGAAUGGAAGGGGAGGAGGCGGUUGAGUCGGUUGUUGCUGACAUGGGGGAAGCAAGAGGGCAGGAGGCGGUUGGGGAGGAGGCGGUGGAGAUGGCUGGUGAGGGCAUCGAGGAGAGGAGAGUGGAGGAUGUGUGUGCGUCAUUGCGGCAUGGUUACGACUUGGUUCUCAUGGACCUGCAGAUGCCUGGCAUGGAUGGCUUCACAGCAGCAGCGGCCAUUCGAGCCCACGAGAGGAGACUGCAGUUCGAAGCCACUCGAAGUAGGCAGCAGCAGAGGCAGCAAGCGGCACUUGAAGCAGACCCUCAAGGGAGGGACUGGAAGCGGCCCGCAGGUGUUGACUGGCAGCGGCCUGACUGGGGAGAAGAUCGGCAAGCACCUGCUGCUGACUGGCAACCACCGGCUGCUGAGAAUGACUGGCCAGCCCUUCCACGUGUGCCCAUAGUGGCUCUGACAGCAGACGUGGAUUGCGGAGUGGUGCAGAGGUGUGCAGAGGGGGGGUUUGACGGUGUGCUUCAGAAGCCAGUGGACGCCCACCUGCUGGCGGCGCACUUGAGCCAGGCACAGCUCCAGCUGUCACUGCGGCGGGUUGUGUCGCACCCGACUGUCACACAAAGAAACUGAGAGAUGAUACUGACACUACUACUGACUGAGGCUUAAACCGGUACGACUGAUUCGACAGUCGCUGCUGCGGAUGGCGUCGCCCCCGGCUGUCACACGAAGAGCUGACAGAUUUCACGGACACUACUACCGUCAACACAAUACUUCUGGUGUAUUUUGAGGCGACUCAAAAUACACAAUACUUCUGACUCAGCAGUUGCUGCUCUGUGGGUGGCGUUGCAGCAGUAGCCAACUGCAACUCAAACAACUGAGGGGCACUUGUACUGAGUCAGCAGUCGCUGAGAAAAUUACAGCCUAUGCAAUUUCUGGCAACGAAUUUCGGACAAUUGUUGGCUAGCGGCGGUAGCAAUGCUGUAGCAAAUUCCGAAUACACGACCCAGGGAGGGUCUUAUUGUCAGAAGGCUAGCUUAGCUAGGAAGCUAGAAAAGGCAUGAGGUUUAGCUAGGAGGAGCUAUGGAGUGGCGUGAGGUCUAGGAAGGAGAAAAGUUGAGGGAAAAGAGAGUUGGAAUAGAAAGAGAGAGGCAUACGAGGAGAUUGUACUCUCUACAGUAAAGUUCGGUAACCUAC